CCGUCGAUCAUGCCGGAAGACGAUCUGAAAACGUGCGCCGAAUGCAAGAAACCCGCCACGCUGCGAUGCACGGCCUGCAGGCUCGUCGCAUACUGUUCCAAGGAACAUCAGAAAGCCCACUGGAAGACACACAAAAUUACCUGUCGGCCCUAUGAAGUCAAAGAUGUCCCGGGUCGUGGACGCUGUUUAAUUGCAACCAGAGACCUGAAAAAGGGGGAUUUGAUACUCUCGGAGGAACCCAUGGUGUAUGGACCACGGCCACACAUGAUAGAAAAAGGUCCUGUUCCGUGUCCGGGUUGCUGUCGAUUGAUCUAUGCAAGCAAAGCUCCGAGAUGCGAAGGAUGUGAUUGGCCAGUGUGCAACACCUUGUGUGAUGGGCUCAGGGAUCCCAGAAGGCAUGGAUAUGAGUGUUUUAUUGUUGGGCUUAGGGCCCAUCGAGCUCUUGAAGGACUACAUGAAUAUUACAGACAAGAUGUGCUCUUGGCUGUGCGUUGUUUGUUGCUUCAACGGCAGGGUCUCAAGAAAUGGAUGAAGUUUUUGGAGAUGGAAUCGCAUUUUGACAAGCGCGACAAAGGAACUCAAAUUUACAAGGAUGUGGAUGAAAGAGUUGUAAAAUAUCUUUUUGAAUUCAUCGAAAAACUCAAAGCACUUGAGGUGGCCACCAAAAACGUGGUCCUCCCUGACAUCUCCCCGGAAACCAUUCACAAAGUGUGCGGAAUCAUCGACGUAAACGCGCUGGAGAUCAACCAAGAUGGCGAACUCUCAGCGCUUUAUCCGAAUGCCUAUUUGAUGGAACAUAACUGUUUGAGCAAUACCGUGCAUACUUUCGCCCCGGCGGAACAACACUACAAGAUUACCGUACGCGCCUCGCUGCCUAUCAAAAAAGGCGAACAUAUUACCACCAUGUACACCCACGCACUUUGGGGAACACAAGCACGUCGAGAGCAUUUGAAAGAAACGAAAUACUUUUCAUGUGAAUGCAAGCGUUGUGCAGAUCCUACUGAAUUGGGAACUUAUCUAAGCGCAUUGCGUUGCAUGGGUACUGAGAAUGAACCCUGUAAUGGGAUCCAACUUCCUUUGAAUCCGCUUGAUGACAAAACUGAGUGGGCAUGCAACAAAUGUCCGGUGCGUCUUGCACCUUCAGAUGUUGCUUAUCUUGUAAAUCAAAUUGGUGAGGAGGUGGAUGUUAUUCAAGUGACGAAUCCAAGUAUUAAAGACUUGGAUGGAUUACUAAACAAAAUGGCUACCUUCCUACACCCAAAUCACUAUCACGUCUAUUCUGUGAAGCAUUCUCUAGUGCAAUUGUACGGAUACCAGCAAGGAUACAUGCCAAAUCAGAUCAGUGAUGAGUUGCUUAAAGAAAAGGCAAAAAUUUGUCGCCAGUUAAUUGAUACUACAGAGAAGAUUGACCCUGGAAAUGCAAGACUUUGUCUUUAUUCAGGUGUUUUGUAUCAUGAGCUAUAUCUGGCAAAUAUGACUUAUGUUAAGCGCAAGUGGGACGUUGGAAUCAAAAAAGACUUGAUUCUAUUAAUUCGAGAAGCAAAGGAAUGUCUAGGAAAGUCGAAAGAUGUCCUUUUGUAUGAGAAAACUUCACCGUCUGGUGAGAAGUUGCUACAGUUGGUUGAAACUUCCUUUAAGGAAUUCGACAAGUGGAUUACAAGAUACAAAAUUGAUGUGGCGUCAGACUACUAAUAAUAUUUUGAUUUUAAUGAGUGGUUGGUUUUCUAUUAAUGUCCUAAAUUUGUUAUUAUUAAAGAAAUAAAUAAAGAAUUAAAACAAAAAAA